GUAGAUUGCCUACCAAACCAGAAAAAUGGGUUGGUGGCCUCGACCAUUUUCAGCCUUCUCAAUGUAUAUAUCACAUGAAAGAAUCUGAAUUGGGGGGUAAAGAAGGGGAGCAAUGGCGUCUACAUCAGAGAUUGUUGCCAAGUUGAAUUUGCAGCCUCACCCAGAAGGAGGGUUUUUCUCAGAAACCCUCAGAGACACCUCAGUCAUUCUCCCCAAAUCUAUACUUCCCUCCGAGUAUAAGGUUGAACGCCCUGUCAGUACAUCGAUCUUCUUCUUGCUUCCUUCUGGGAAUAUAUCGUGCCUUCACCGAAUUCCAUGUGCAGAAACCUGGCACUUUUACAUGGGAGAGCCUUUGACGGUAGUGGAACUGAAUGAAAAAGAUGGAAAAGUGAAGCUAACCUGCCUUGGGCCAGAUAUACUUGGAGAUAAUCAGCAACUGCAGUACACGGUGGAGCCGAACGUCUGGUUUGGUGCAUUCCCAACGAAGGACUUAAGCAUUCCACCAAAUGGGGUGCCGGAAAAAAAUCCAGCAAGGGAUGGGGAGCACCACUACUCUCUUGUGGGAUGCACUUGUGCACCUGCCUUCCAGUUCGAGGACUUUGAGCUGGGGAAACGAUCUGAGCUCAUAUCACAGUUCCCUGAUAAUGAAUUAUUCAUCUCUUUGCUCACCUAUCCAGAGUGAAUGAAAUCCUGCUUUUGAGACUUACAUGCUUCAUAUGUUUGAUUUCUGUACUUUCUACAUUACCUGAAUCCUUGGGUGGGAAUAUGAACUUUGUGGGGAGAAGCUCGACCAAUGGUUCUAAACCCUAAACCCUAAAUGCUUAUAUGCUUUGUAUUUAAAUGUCA